UUCCCUUACGUGCUCCCAACUAACAUCAGCCAUAAUUCCUUUUCCCAAAUCCUAAACCAAUUCUGUACGUACAAAUUCCCGAAACCAACCCCCCACCUCACUUUCAGUUUCUCUCCAACUUUCCCUCCCUUCAAACAGAUCAUCACUACUAGCACCACCACCUUUGCUACUCCACGGCCAUUAAUGUACUCACCUUAAAACCCCCAAGCUCACGACAAUGGGGCUUUACUUGGAUACAAAAAAUGCUACAUUUAGAAAACAUCCAAAAUCAAAAUUACCACGUUCUACUUGUUCCUUUUCCAUUUUCCUCAUUGUUUUCCUAUUCCACCUCCCAAACACAACUUCCUCGAUCACAUUCUCACCACCUGAUAAUUAUCUCAUCGACUGUGGGUCUCCGGAGCAAACCCGGCUCUCCGACGGCCGGAAUUUCAAGUCCGAGCGCGACACCGCUUCUCUCUUAUCCACCGAGAAUGAUGUUCAGGCUUCGGUCGAGUUUUCCUCCAUAGCCACCGCAGCCAAAGCUUCUGCUUCUUCGUUUUCUUCUUCCACCGCUAAUGACAGUAUUGUGCCACCUUCGUCCCUGCCUUUAUACACAACCGUACGUAUCUUCCCUCAACAAUCCACCUACAGCUUCCACAUCUCCCAACCUGGGCCCCACUGGGUCCGCCUCUUCUUCUACCCGGUUCCCGACCCGACUCAUAACCUAACCGCCGCCGUAUUCAAAGUCUUCGCCGGCGACUUCGUUCUCCUCGAUGAUUUUUCCGCGACCACGUUCGCUUUCCGGGAGUUUCUCGUCAAUAUCACGGGAGACAGAUUCUCCCUCAUCUUCAAGCCCAAGAAGAAGACGGUCGCCUUCGUCAACGCCAUCGAGGUAGUCUCUGCUCCAUACACUCUUAUUUCGGACUCUGUAUCUGCCGUUUUCCCACCUGGGCAAAGCGUCGCCGGAGCGUGGGGCCGCGCACUCCGUGUUUCUUACCGUUUGAACGUCGGAGGGCCGACGUUGGUCCCGGAAAACGACACCCUUUACAGAGUUUGGCAAACGGAUGCGACAUUCAAUGCAUUCAAAGAGGGGUCCAGGAACGUUUCAGUUCCUCCCGAAACUGUCGAGUACCAGGAAAGUAAAGGGCUGACUCCAUUGAUUGCUCCUCGCAUGGUUUAUUCAUCGGCUCAAGAAAUGGAAAACUCACUUACCAUGGAACCCAAUUUCAACCUCACUUGGAUCUUUAAUGUCGAUCAGGGAUAUUCUUACUUGAUCAGACUUCAUUUUUGUGAUAUUGUGAGCGCAGCUCUUAAUACUCUGUAUUUUAAUGUUUACGUUAAUGAGAUUAUGGCCAUGGAGAGUGUUGACCUUUCCUCCCUUACCGGAGCUCUCUCAACAGCUUAUUACAAAGAUUUCGUUCUCCAUUCGAUGAACAUUACGAAUAAUAAGAUUAUGGUUCAAGUGGGGUGUAAUUCGAAUUUUCAUUCCGGGAUUAGAGAUGCUAUUCUUAAUGGGUUAGAAAUUAUGAAGAUGAGCAAUUCUGCAAAUAGCUUGGAUGGUUUGUUUACUGUUAGUGGGAAGUAUAAAGGACCUAAUUCAGGGCCAAAGACCAUGAAAAUCGUAGCGGCCGGGUUGGCAAUGGCAGUGGCAGCGACGGUUAUGCUAUGCGUGGCUUGCAUCCGGUGGAGGAAAAAGCCUAAAAGUUGGGAGAAACGAAAGAGCUUUUCUUCGUGGCUUCUACCUCUCCAAUCCAGUUACUCGAGAAGCAGUACUACUAGCUCCCGCCGAUCCGCGUUGAGCCUAUUUGGCUCUCGCCGGAGCAAAAGUGGCUACUCGAGCUACAUAUCUUCGUCGGUGGUAUUGUUCGGGAAAGUCUUCACGCUCGCCGAAUUACAAGCGGCAACGCAGAGUUUCGCCGAAAAGGCAGUGAUUGGAGUUGGCGGGUUCGGAAAAGUCUACCUCGGAGUGUUGGAAGACGGCACGAAGCUCGCCGUGAAGCGAGGCAACCCAAGUUCAGAGCAAGGAAUCAACGAGUUCCGAACCGAAAUCGAGAUGCUCUCCAAGCUCCGCCAUCGCCACCUCGUUUCCUUAAUUGGUUUUUGCGACGAACAAUCAGAGAUGAUCCUCGUCUACGAAUACAUGUCCAAUGGGCCAUUCCGGGACCACUUGUACGGCUCAAAUUUAUCAAAAUUGUCAUGGAAACAACGGCUAGAAAUCUGCAUAGGGGCCGCCAGGGGUCUUCACUACCUCCACACCGGAGCGGCUCAAGGCAUAAUUCACCGCGACGUUAAGACGACAAACAUCCUCCUCGAUGAGAAUUUCGUAUCUAAAGUUGCUGAUUUCGGGCUCUCAAAGACGGCGCCUUCGCUUGACCAGACGCACGUCAGCACCGCCGUGAAGGGAAGCUUCGGAUAUCUUGAUCCGGAGUACUUCCGGCGACAACAGUUGACGGAGAAAUCUGAUGUAUACUCAUUUGGGGUUGUCCUAUUUGAGGCCUUAUGCGCUAGACCAGUUAUAGACCCGAAGUUGCCGAGGGAGCAAGUGAGUUUGGCCGAGUGGGCAAUGCAUUGGCAUAGAAAAGGCUCCAUUGAGACGAUAAUCGACCCUUUCAUCGCCAGACAGAUCAGCAGCGCGUCACUUAAGAAGUUCGUGGAGGCGGCCGAGAAGUGCAUGGCUGAGUACGGCGUGGAUCGGCCGUCAAUAGGAGAUGUGUUGUGGAAUUUGGAGUAUUCACUACAACUUCACGAGGCUGCGGUUGUCGAAGAAGGAGACAUUAAGGGUCAGAGUCUUAUUUUUAUGGAGAAGAAAGUUAGUAAUGGACAAAGUAAAAUGCAAAGUGUCAUUGAUGAUUUUGAAGAUGUGAGUGAAGAUCAUUCUAGUGUAACAGUUGCUGGGUCUGAUGGUCAUAUUCCUAUGUUUUCUCAAAUGGGUAAUUUUCAGGGGAGGUGAUUUUUUAGUUUAUUUUAUUGUAUUUUCCCCCCUCUACUGUAUUCAUCAUCUAUUUUGGUUUUUUUCGUCCUGUUUUUGUGAUUUAGUUGCUUGAUUUUUCUUAAGUUGAAGUUUUUUUUGUUCUCUUCGAUGAAUGAAUCACACUUUUUUUUUAAAUAACAAUAACAUUAGGGAUGACAAGGGCAACCAUUUUCUUUUGUUGGACUGAUAUAGUCGGUGGGUGUUUUCUACACCUCUAUAAUUUUUUUUCCAAUUAAGAUGGUGUAUAUUUAGUAGUCAUUUUAAGUGCCGAAAUUUCAAAUAAUUUAUAGUG